AUAACUGGAAAGCACAUAAAUCAGUCCAUCAUAUAUAGUACAUCAAAAUAUCAACGAUACGGUGACAAGGGUUGCUUGCCAUAGAUAGCAUAUAACUGAUAUAUUGAAUAUCCCGUUUGUAAAGUUCACUGAGCCGAUUGCUCAAUACAAAAUAAAAUGGAUGAAGAAAAUUCGGCGCAGAAAAGAGUUGUUGUUUUGGCGAUGGAUGGUAGCACCGAAGCAGAAUCGGCCUUGCAAUGGUUUUCAAAGAAUAUUUAUAGAAAAGACGACGAAGUUCUGGUAAUUCAUUGUUUACACCAUACAGCCAAUCAUGCCAUGGGAUGUACAGAGCACAUGACAAUGGGAGUUUUAUUCUCUUCUUUCCAAUCUCUUAACUUGCAAGCUAUAGAAAAAGCAUUCCAAAAAGAAACAAACGAUGCAGUUAAACUAUGCAGUCAACUUGAAGAACUACUUAAGAAAUAUGAGAUUGAAGGUAAAGUGAUACGUGUGCAAGGAGACCCGGGUCAUAAAAUAGUAACGACUGCUGAGGAAUGUAAAGCGUCAUUGAUUGUUCUAGGAAGUCGUGGACUUGGGGCUGUCAGACGGACAAUUCUAGGAAGUGUCAGUGACUACAUAUUACAUCAUGCAACUGUUCCAGUACUUGUAUAUCGUGGGUGACGCCAUUUUAGUUUGCAUCUCCAUUGAUAAUCUGACAAUCAGUUAUCUUUGCAAAGAAUGUCAACGGGACCAGUGACUGAGAUUUGUUUAAGUUUUCAAAUCUAAAAAUGAUCAAAAGUGUUAUUUCUAAAUAGAAAGUCAUUCCAAAAGAUACGCAACAUUAAUACUCUGAGGCUUUUUUAAUUGUAAUAAAUGUUCAUUUUUCUCUUA